AAAAAUAGAGUUUAUUCUCCCACUUUCCUUUCUUCAAUUCUUUUGAAGCUUCUGUUACAAAGCUAAUUCCAGAUAGGAUUAUAAUUUAGGCACCAAAUUUGGACUAAAUCCACCAACAGUUGAAACUUGACAACACAACAAACUUUUCAACAAGCCAAUGGUUGCCGACGGAGGAAGCAUAUACUCGUAAUAUAAAGACUAGUAGUAAUUAAUGGCUUAUUAUUUUCCCCUAUUUUAAGCACAGAAACAAAGAAAAACGUAAAGGGUAUAGAGAAGUAAACAGUAGAGAUGCAGAUGGGUAAAACCCUUAACUCGAGACCUCUUCAAUCAUCCAUAUUCUUGACUUUGUUCUCACUUUUUCUUCAAUUGAUUCCAGGUUUGGCAGAUACCUCAGUAGCAUCUACUGAAAAUAAAGUGAAAAGUCAUUCAUCCAGAAUUUCCACCGGAGUGAGAGUAGCUAUUGUAUUACUUGGAAUUUUAGCUGCUGUUGGAUUUUGUUAUGUCCUUUUCAAGAUAUGGCAGAAGAAGAAAAGGGAAGAACAGCAAGCUCGCCUCCUAAAGCUCUUUGAAGAAGAUGAUGAUCUUGAGGUUGAGCUUGGGAUUCAGGAUUGAGAUUAUAUUUUUCUCCUUCUAUAACACAGUGCGUUUUAGCAGAGGUGCGAGCACUGCCAUUUUCCUUAAAAUUGUGUUUAUUUCUUUUAGUUUGUCUCAGCAAACAAAACUUAGUCUUUGCAUGUGUAUAGUUGAAGAUGAUUUAAAGAUUUUAUUUUUGUCUUAGCUUGUAAUGUAUUUUCCUAAUGGUAUAUGUGAUUUAUUAAUAAACCCUGUAUUCCUGCAACACUAAAGCACCUAUUAUCUGAAAUGGCUACAUUCACAUGAAACUUCUCAGGAAUGUAAAUGGUUCUCUA